AUGACGCACAGUACUACGACCGAGUCGUUUGAGACCAGACUGUUUGUCCAAGGAGCAUAUGUCGAUGCUCAAACACCUGCCCGGUUCAACUGCCGCAGCACUGUCGACGGUUCGAUUGUCACCUCAAAUGUGCACGAAGCAGUUCAGCAGGAUGUCGACGGCGCCGUCACUGCUGCAAGGGCAGCAUUUCCAAGCUGGGCCGCUUUUCCCCACGAGAAGAGGGCGAGUAUCUUACACAAAUUCGCUGAUCUCUUGGAGCGGGAUGCCGACAAGAUCGCCCAUUUGGAAGCAGUGUGCAACGUUAAGCCCGUUAAACUGUUCCGUGGGUAUGAGCUACCACAAGCAGUCAGCAUCUUUAGAUAUUAUGCUGGAUGGUGCGGUAAGAUACAUGGAGAAUCGUUUCCUACUAGCAAUGGUUUCCUCAACAUCGUUCAGCGGGAGCCAUUGGGCGUAUGUGCGGCUAUCACGGCGUUCAACGCUCCUAUUAUGGGAAUGGCUAUGAAGGCUGCACCGUGCCUGGCUACUGGUAAUACCCUGAUCAUGAAGUCUAGCGAAAAGACUCCGCUGUCAACACUUUAUCUCGGAAUGCUGGCGAACGAAGCAGGGUUACCUCCUGGUGUUUUCAAUAUCAUCUCUGGUGGAGAACUCGCUGGUAGUCUCCUUGCGAAGCACAUGGGUAUUGAUCAAAUUUCCUUCACUGGUAGUGUUGGUGUCGGAAAGCGGAUUGCUCAAGCUGCAUCCCAAAGCAAUUUGAAGCGUGUUGCGUUGGAAUUGGGAGGGAAAAGUCCGAGCAUUAUUUUCCCCGAUGCAAAACUAGAUGUGGCCAUCCCCUGGUGCGUGAACGGUGUUCUGGUACUAUCUGGCCAGAUCUGCUUUGCUAGCUCUCGGGUUUAUGUUCACGAGAGCAUUAAGAAGCAGGUGGUCGAACAGAUGAAAGCGUCGUUUGAAAGCAUGGAUAAAUCAUUUGGCGAUCCACUUGACGAAGAUGUUGAUUUCCCACCUCUCGUCGACCAGGGCCACUUUGAUAGGGUAAAAGGCUUCAUUGAUCGCGGCAAAGAGGAGGCAACCCUCGUUACUGGCGGGCAAGCUAUGUUUGCUAAGGGUCAUUGGAUGCGGCCAACAAUUUUUGUGGACCCAACUCCAAAUGCUGAAAUCAGCCGAGAGGAAGUCUUCGGUCCUGUGGUUGCCAUCAUUGGGUUUACUGAUGAAGAAGAAGUCAUUUCCCAAGCCAACAAUACGCAAUUUGGAUUGGCUGGUGCUGUUUUUACCCAAGAUAUCAAUCGCGGAAUUCGUAUCGCCAGCGCGAUUUCCAGUGGGACGGUUGGUAUUAACUGCUGCGGUGUGCUCGACACAAGCGUGCCUUUUGGAGGAUUUAAACAGAGUGGGUUGGGGCGAGAGCUGGGUCAGGACGCGCUCGCAGAGUACACCCAGACGAAAACUAUCACGGUCAAGUGA